AGUACUCCAUUAACAUUGUAGACAUAUGGCCGGCCAACCUUCGACCCAUGGCAACUGACGCCCAGGCACGGCCCAAAGCUAAUUAACCUAAUUGAAGCCUAAACCCAUCGCACAGCCUAAGCGAGAACCCGAACCUAUUUGCUCUGGACGCCGGCCGACGAAAAUGUUGAUCGGAGCGGCUUUCUGCCAAGAGAUGGCUAGACAGAAAACCAUGAUGACGGCGGGUGAUGCAUUUUCUUCUCCAUUCUCCCAGCAUAUAGGAAUGGCAAGGAACUUCAGUGUUUUGGCGGAGGAGAAGCGCUGUAUGAAAGAUCACAACCGCCGGUUAAUGGCUGAGAAAUUCGAAGUGAAGCGAAAGCUUUACAAAGCCCUCGUUAGAGAUCCUGAACUUCCGAAUGAGCUGAAGGAGAAGCACCGCUAUAAGCUGGCCAAGUUGCCCAGAAACAGCUCCUUUACCCGGAUUCGAAAUCGUUGUAUUCUCACUGGUCGCCCACGCGCCGUCUAUCGGCUAUUUCGGAUGUCUCGUAUUUGCUUCCGCGAAUUAGCUUCGAGGGGUGCCUUGAUGGGCAUCAAGAAAGCUUCUUGGUAGAACCAAAUUUAUAGCCUUUAUGUCAGUGUUGCUAUAUGAAACAAGAGUCUGAACUGGAAUGUCAAAAUCUCUCUACAGAGAUGGGAGUUGUGGCACGUCUUUUUGGAAGAUAAUGAGCAGCUUCAAUCAUUUCGGCUUGGGAUAUUUUGUUGCAAUUGAAUGUCCAUCCUGUCUAUGUAUAAUGCUUUUCGAGAUUCUUGGGUUGUAAUCAGGAGACUGGAUCAGAUUUUUCUCUGCUUUCUUAUUUGCCAUAGUAUCAAGCUGCUGCUAUAUUUUCUUGGGUUAUGUAUCCUUGUUAAAAUUCUUAUCUUGUGAUUACAAUGCUGCUCCUUGGUUAAACUUUCAGCAAUUUUUUUGUUU